UCACCGGCAAACAAAAUAGAGAAAACAGAACGUUCGCCGAUAUUGCGACUCAUUUGCAGUGCGAACUCCGAAAAUGGCUGAUCGUCCGUGUGCUGGAAACCUGCUCCGCAUCGCCGGAGCCGUAAUCCUGCCCAAUCUGGGUGGGAUCUACAAUGGGCGGCUGACCAGGCAGAACCUACAGAACUGGUACGCGAACCUCAAGUUCCCGUCCUUCAAGCCGCCCAACGCGGUCUUUGCCCCGAUGUGGAUCUCCCUGUACGCGGGAAUGGGCUACGGAUCCUACCUGGUGUGGCGCGAUGGCGGGGGAUUCUCAGGCGAGGCGGCCAAACUGCCCCUCAUCGCCUACGGCACCCAGCUGGCACUCAACUGGGCCUGGACGCCCAUCUUCUUCGGGCAGCACAACAUCAAGGGCGCGCUCAUCGACAUAGUCGCCCUCACGGCCACGGCUGGUGCCUGUGGUGUCCUGUUCUACAGGGUCAACAAGACCGCCGGACUGCUCUUUGUGCCCUACCUAGCCUGGCUGGGAUUCGCCACGGCCCUUAACUACGCCAUCUGGAAGCUGAAUCCCGAGGAGAAGAAGCCCCUGGAGGAGGAGAAGCCCUCCGGCAGUGCUCACGCCAAGGCCAAUUAGGGCCCGGAAGGCCCUAAAUCCAUUAGUUUUAAGUUUUUUCGCACAAUGCGUCACGGGAUUACAACUUAUCGAACCAGGGCUGGCCAUUAUGGAUAAGAUAUCGUUACAAAGUGCCUCAAGUGAGCGGUAAAUUCAAAGUAUGUUAUCUCUAACUAAAGAAUUCCAAAUUAUAUGCAUGUUACUUACAAAAGGUUAAA